AUGAAGACUACCAUUCUACUGUUUUGUCUUCUAGGAUCAACUCAGUCAUUACCACAGCUCAAACCUGCUUUGGGACUCCCUCCCACAAAGCUGGCUCCGGAUCAGGCAACACUACUAAACCAACAGCAGUCAAGUCAGGUCUUCCCUUCUUUAAGUCUGAUACCAUUAACGCAGAUGCUUACACUGGGGCAAGAUCUGCAACUGUUAAAUCCUGCUGCAGGAAUGACACCUGGUACCCAGACCCACCCAUUGAUCCUGGGAGGGUUGAAUGUACAACAGCAACUGCAACCACAUAUGUUACCAAUUUUUGUCGCGCACCUUGGGGCCCAGGGCACUAUCCUAAGCUCAGAGGAAUUGCCAUUGGCCCCACAAAUCUUCACAGGCCUUAUCAUUCAUUCCUUGUUCCCGGGAGGCAUUCUGCCCACCAGUCAGGCAGGGGCUAAUCCAAAUGUCCAGGAUGGAAGGCUUCCAGCAGGACAAGCAGGUGUAAAUCCUGCCAUCCAGGGAACUCCAGCAGGCCACCUCCCAACUCCCAGUAGCACAGAUGAUGACUUUGCAAUGACCACCCCUGCAGGCAUCCAAAGAAGCACGCAUGCCAUGGAAGAAACUACCACCGAAUCAUCAAAUGGUAAAUUCUGCUAGCU